GAGAUAUUACUGUCAAUCAAUUCUUCGGUUUAAAUUACGCUGUAGUGAAAAUAUACACAUGCAAAUAAAGUAGCAUUGUUAUGAAAAACUAGCCUACUGAAUAAAAAAACAUCUCCGUUUAACUUUAAGUCGACGUAAUUCUUUUUUUCAGUGAUAAGUGUGAAUAAGAAAUCAUUAGUAUGAGAUGGACGGUGCAUAUCGAAGGCGGCCCACGGAGGGUCAACCAUGCAGCCGUGUGCAUUGGCGAUAAAAUAUUUUCAUUUGGUGGUUAUUGUUCAACAGAAGAAUACAAGGAUUGGGAACCAAUUCCCAUCCAUGUUUUGGAUACUAACACAUUAAGGUGGUCCCCAGUAUAUUACAGAAAGACUCAUGUAAUGCCUUUUCAGAGGUAUGGACACACAACAGUACCGUAUGGUGACAAGAUAUACAUGUGGGGAGGAAGAAACAAUGCUGUAGCUUGUGAUAAGUUAUUUUGUUUUGAUACAAAACAACUAGAAUGGAGUAUGCCACCUGUUUCUGGGACUAUGCCCAUUGCCAAAGAUGGCCAUUCCGCAUGUGUUAUAGGGAACAAAAUGUACAUAUUUGGAGGUUUCGAAUACUUAACUGAUCAGUAUUCACAAGAGGUGCAUUGUUUAGAUUUGGAUACUUUACAAUGGACUUUUAUUGAUGUACAUGGAAGUCCACCUUCCCAGAGAGACUUCCAUACGGCUGUGCCGAUUGGAGAUAGAAUGUAUGUAUUUGGUGGCAGAGGAGAUUUGAACAGCCCAUAUAACUCUCAAGAGGAAGUGUACUGCCCACAAGUAUUUUAUUUGGAUACAUUAAAGAAUGAGUGGGUUGUGGCUAAUCCACAAGGCACCUGGCCAGAGGGCAGGCGUAGUCAUUCAGCUUGGUAUCACGAUGGCUACAUGUACAUCUUUGGUGGGUUUAAUGGAAAUACAAAAACUCACUUUAACGAUUUAUACAGAUACUCAAUCAAUGGAAAUUAUUGGCAAUACAUUAAUGUUGGUGGAGUGAAGCCUUGCCAAAGAAGGCGUCAAGCUUGCUUGCCGUAUAACAAUAAACUAUAUCUUUUUGGUGGAACAAGUCCGUGUCCACAUGUAAGUGGCCGGCCGGUGGAGAACCCUGAAGCAGCUGAUGAUCCGGAGAGGCUGAUUGACAACAGCGACCUGCAUAUCUUGGAUUAUUCACCAACUCUUAAAACACUAUGCAUACUCAAAGUUCUUGAACACAAUCUAGACCAAACAUAUCUACCACGGGAUGUUAUGAUAGAUAUUUGGACGAUGACCCUUCCAAAUCGCAUCAGCAGGCCUGUCAACCAAGCUGGUUGAAGCUCCGACUUUAUAAUAUAAUUUGUUUUAUAUAAUACCAGUGUACUUUAAACACUGAUUAUCCUCUGAUUAUUGUUCAAAUUGCAUGUUUUCUUUUUUUCACAACAUUUGAUCUCUUCUAAUGCAUCCACAAUCCCUUACCUCGUUUGAUUUGAAGUGUAAUUAAAAAGUUUAGUUUAGUUUGUGAAAAAGUGAGAAUGUUUCCAGUGUAUGUGAAUGAAAAAGUAUUUAUGAAUUUGUAGUGCAAUACAGUAUAAUGUAGACAACAUGUGGCGUAGACUUUACUCUAAUAAAGCAAUGUAUUAUGUGUCGUGAGGCAUUUCUAUUGGCCAAAUAUCAAUCGUAUAUUAUUUUAUCCUUUGAAUGAACAACAGCUGCUGUAACAUACC